UGCAGUGUAAUGCUACUGUAAGGCUAAAAUAACACUAGGAGCUUUAUGUGGCAAUAGUCAUGCAGUAGACUGGAUAUCUAAAAUCAUGCUCAAAACUGCUAGCUAUAGACAGGACCAUACAUAUUUCUGUCCCUAUUGCUGUGUAGAUACUAAGCAACCCUCCCCUCACUGCUGAGAGGAAGACAAGCCACAUAAUUUCUGCUUACUCACCAUCCUCAUGCCUUACCACCUCUGCAGAGAGGUGCACCAUGCUGAAUGAGCUCUGGGAUCCUGCUGUUCUCCCAGCUCAUCCUUCAUGUGUUUUAUUGCCCAGGUGCUUGGUGUAGGCUAUUAUUUCCUGUAGCCCGUUCAUAAUAUUUUAUUUUGGCAAUAAAUCCUCAUGAUAUUAAUGUAAGCAAACCCAUGGGAUGAAAAACGAGAUAAAAUGUUUCUCUUUUUUUAAUUAUCUAUUCUUACUUUUAAAAAUUUUGAUUAAUUUUUUUUGUAAAGUCAUUUUGUACAUGUUGGGUUACAACUUUUUAGCUUAUUUCCAAGUAACAAUAAUAAAAGAAAUAAUUUGUACCGGAAUCACGAUGUCAUUAGAUAUUUGUAUGAAUUUAUCAGACAGUAACACUAAUAAAUUGAUGAAUUGUUAAAAAAUAAACGAGACGACACGCCCUCGUUAUUAAGUAUUUUUAAAAAGAGACUUCGCAAGGCCAUAGAUACUAUCUGUAGGGUUUUUUCUUUCUUUCUUUUUUUAUAUUCAUUUUCUAAAGAACCGGAUCUGUCCAUAUUUACAUUUGAAGUGUCAAUACGGAUACUUUAUGAGGACGCACAGAGGCGGGAAUUGAAUUUGAUUGACGGCAUUUAACAACGAAUUAGAGCUGUCUAGAAAUAACGUCAUGGCGACGCGGACCAAUGAAAUUCACAAAAAACAAAACAACAGCAACUUCAUUGGAUUUUAAACGGGAAGACGGGUUUUCAGUGCAUGUGUUGGAUGGUUUUUUUUUUUUUUUUUGUAGUUUCUGGUACAUGUAUUUAGAGUUGUAAUUCAGUCUAAAAAGUGACACAGUGUUAAAUCUAUCUAUGAGUGCUCCAACUAGAAUAACAUUCGUAUAUUGUAUUUUUUUAAUCUUAAGCAUAUAGCAUCCUUAACAGAAAUACCAGACGCCUACCAUGGCGCUUGCCGGCUGCUGGAGGAUUGCCCUGUAUAAAAAUGUCACAAGGCCACGAGUGUACCUCAGGUGUCCUGUCGUCUUUGGUCGGGCUUGCCCUGUUAGACCCGUGUGCAGUAGACCUGCCCCUGGCUUUGAGGACACGAUCUUCGCGUUGUCUUCUGGUAGAGGUCGGUGUGGAGUAGCAGUGGUGCGUGUGAGCGGACCAGAUGCAACCGGAGCUGUGCGCGCUCUGACCGGCCUGAAGCGCGCGCUGACUCCCCGCACUGCGCUCCUCCGCAACAUCACACACCCCGCAUCUAAGGAGCUGCUGGACCGGGGCCUUAUCCUGUGGUUCCCAGGCCCUCACAGUUUCACUGGAGAGGACAGUGCUGAGUUUCACAUACAUGGAGGACCUGCUGUCAUUAAUGGUGUUCUACAAGCCCUGGGUAGCCUACCUGGACUGAGGCCUGCCGAGGCAGGUGAGUUUACCCGACGCGCGUUCCAUGCUGGAAAGUUGGAUUUGACUGAAGUAGAGGGCUUGGGGGAUUUGAUCCAUGCAGAGACGGAAGCUCAGAGGAGACAAGCUCUCCGGCAGAUGGCAGGGGACCUCAGUCGCCUCUACAAUGACUGGAGUCAGCAGCUUAAGCAUUGUUUAGCGCACGUGGAGGCUUUCAUUGACUUCAGUGAGGGUGAGCUCAUAGAGGAUGGAGUCUUAAAUCAAGUGGACACGGCAGUAUCCAAGCUGCAAGUGGAAAUACAGACGCAUCUCUCUGAUGAGCGGAGAGGCGAGCGACUGCGCAGUGGUGUACAUGUGGUGAUCGCAGGAUCCACCAAUGCGGGCAAGAGCAGCCUUUUCAAUCUACUGUGCCAACGUCCUGCAGCUAUUGUGUCUCCUAUAGCAGGGACCACUAGAGACGUUGUGGAGACGCCACUGGACAUCGGAGGUUUUCCGGUCCUGUUGAGUGACACGGCAGGUUUGAGGGAGACAGAUGACAGCGUGGAGCGAGAGGGCGUCCAGCGUGCCCUGAAAAGGGUGGAAGUGGCAGAUCUGACACUGGUGGUCGUCGACUCGACACAGCUUCCUCAGGAGCCUCGGAUGGUGCCAGGUUUCCUGAACGACUACCUCAACAGUGUGCUGCCAAAAAAGAUGGAGCAGGGUCACGUGCAGCAGUGUCUCCUGAUCAUUAACAAAAGUGACCUCUUGCCUAAUGAACACAUGAGCAUCAUCCAGAGAGCCCUCAGUGACCUGUUUACUGCGGCUGCAGUCAGUAUUCUGUCGUGUAGUACCGGAGCAGGACUGACUGAUUUCUUGAAAAUGUUGCAGGAGAGAGUUAAGACAAUGUGUGCGGAUCCGCUGGUCGGCAGCCCGAGUCUAACUCAGACCCGCCAUCGGACUAACCUGCAAAAGAGCAUUGAGGCCUUGAGUCAAUAUCAUAAGUACAGAGAUGUGGACCUGGCGCUGGCCGCAGAGGGACUGCGAUUAGGCCUUAGCUGCUUGGGUAGAAUCACUGGCAAGGUUGGCACUGAAGAGAUCUUGGAUGUGAUCUUUAGAGAUUUUUGCAUUGGGAAAUAAAUACAACACUGUUCACAGUCCUUAUGUCUGAUUUAAUGUUGGCGGACCAUUUUAAACCACUUUAAAUACACCAAAUGAUGUUAUGUGGUUCAGAAUUUUUAAAGCAGUAGCUGUGGUACUAUUUGCUGUUUAAAAGAAGAUGUAUCCAGCCUUUUUGGUAAGAUUUCACUAGUAAGAGCAAAUUAAACUAUUUAAAACUAAUCCCAAAAUAAGCAGUACUAUUAUGGUGUAUUCAAGCAGAACUUGUGAAUUUGUAUUUGUUAGAGGGGACCGUGAACUUAUUAUUUGCUGCUCAAGUGGUUGAGAAAGUUGAAAGAAUACUUCUGCUACACCGUUGCUAAGCAACUGAGAAAUAUGGACGCUAUGCUUGUGAUUUAGUUAGCACGUGUUUCAUACAAACCAUUAGAGCAAAUAUUUGUGAAAAAUUUGCCUCAAAUGUGCUGGUAAAGUACUAAUAAAAGACUCCAUAUGACCAAAACAUCAUUGUAAUUGCGCUUAGCAUCGAGUACAAAUCCAACUUUGAGGGGUACUGCCAUAGUGAGCAAUAUCGACACUGGCUACGUUUACAUGCACAUCACGUUUCG